AUCCAUCCCACGCUAAUCCACCUCGGUUCUCCGCAGUUGUGAAUGGUCCCACAUCGUGUUCAUCGUGUUCCCACAACUGCCGAACGUUAUUGACGGUAUUAUAUCUCUUUUCGGAUGGAUUGCGGACUUCAUUUGAGAUGAUCCUCUCGUCGGAAUGGUGGAGCUUUGUUCCCAAAAAGGGGUCCACCGCUACCAUCAGGGUCCUCAGAGCUCUCUCUAUUCUAUACUCGUCAUAUAUCCUCAGGUUCAGCGUAGCAAGACAAAUUACAAGUGAACAUUCUUACUCUAACAUGGGUCAUAUAUCUCAGCUUCCAAAUGAAAUCCUCCUUGAAAUAUUCGAGCAUGUCAAGCAUUCUGGGCCCGUUCACCUGAGCAAUGCUAUGCAAUGUUGUCGAGCUUGGUACGCGCCCGCUGGGUCUAUUCUUUACAGGAACGUCCAUCUGGACUCCAACAUUUCAGAUGAUUCACCCGCAGCUCUGUUCAUGCGAAGUUUGAAAUCGAACAAAGCGUACCAAGUUCAAUGUUUGAGUAUUCGUAUCAGUCGAGGACAUUUGAUAGGCCUUCGCAAUGAAACACCUAGAUCAUAUCAACGACUGCUGGAGAUAUUGGAAGGGCUACCACUACUGGACCGAUUGACAACCUUUUCACUCGCGAUGCAGGAACGAGGUCGAGGAGCUCCGUAUCCCAUCCCCUCAGGCGUCAUCUCCAAACUUCUCGCGAAUCUGCCGAUGACAGUUCGAAGCCUAAAUCUGGAAUGCGACGCACCCGAUGCAAGUGUCCCCGCAGCGGGUGCGUGCAUGUGCAAGACUCUAGGAGCUUUACUUCCACAAUUGCGGCAUCUGAGGCUCCGGUUGCCUCAUUGCUGCCACUCACUCUUCGACGAAUUGACCAGAACGAGGGAUUCUUCUUAUCCCCUGGAGCAUGCCGUUAUCCGACUUGACGUGACUCCUACCUCCUUGAAUUUCGAGCCAUCCAGUGAACAAGCUACGGGAAUUGGAAAAACCAUAUGCGCCCUCCAAGAAGCAGGCACAUUUCCAAUGUUGCGCCGCUUCGCCAUCAUCGACCGAGUAGAUUGUCCCCCUUCUCCUCGAAACGACAUCUGGAGCGUAUUUCGGGUUCGCAAUAUUCAGAGAAACUCCGUGACCACCACUAUCUUCCCUUGGUGCGCUCGGGGCGGCUCAAGCUCUUUGUACAUGAUCCGUGACUCUGAAGGCGAUUGGUUUGGCUCAUUCCAGGACGUUUCCAGCGCAUUGGAAGGAGACCUCAGCUGGACAGGAAACUGCCAGGCACUUCAGCCUCGCCGGUCUCGUUCAAGUGAAAGUGAUCUAGUAAGCAAUGCUCCGUGGCUACUCGAUCGUUCCAGUUUAUCUUCACGCGACUACGUCAGCAAGAACUUUGGUGUCUCGUUCCGUCUGUGGAAGCAUGAGGACAUGAUUGGCAGACGGUUGCUCCAGGUUUACACCACUCCGGGGUUCGUCGAUACAAGAGUUUUAACGGAAGAGGUUCCAUACGGUUGGGGCUGGGCUCGCGGAGGGCCGUGGGGAUGGACUUUACAGCGUAUGGUAUGAGCAACUGCGAGAGAGCAUCUUGGUGUAGCACUUCAACUAUGAUCAUAGGAAGAGAUGGAUGAACUCGAAUUAUUAACAAAGCAGAGGCUAAACCUUCUCAAUCACAUGGAUCAGGAAUUCCAUACU